AUGCUCCCUCGGCAAAGAAGUCCAUUAGACUGGGCAGCUCACCGAAGUAGGAUCGAGGAUCUCUACUGGAAUCACGGGGGAAAGCUCCCGGAGGUCAUGAAGAUCAUGGCAGAUGUCCAUGGCUUCGUUGCAACCCAGAAGAUGUACAAGAAGUAUUUCAAAAUUUGGGGCUUGGAAAAGAAUCUCAAAACCCAGGAAUCCAUCUUUAUGCUUAGCGUUGCCGAGCGACACCGGAUGGCGAACAAGGAAACCGUCUUCACCCGACAUGGCAAGCCUGUCGACCUUCGGAAGCUUUACCGGUUCAAGAGGCGACACAGGUUGGCUGGGGAUGGAGGGAUCGAGCAAGGGAUCGGUCCACAGGUGUCAACUCCCCCACACAUCACGUAUAGAGCCCCGGAGCCGAAUCAGUGGACCAACUCGCUCCCGCCAAUAUCACCGCCCUGUCCCCAACCAAACACGAGCGAGGGAAAUCAAGUUCCCAUGGCGGACUCGCCUGUAUCGUAUGGCUUCGACAGCGAGAGGACGCCCCCGAUCUCCGACAUCCCGCGGCAGCAUCCUAUCUCUGUAGUCUGGCCAUCUGACGAGACCUGUCGGAAUGCCCAACGGCCGACGCGCACCGCUAUGAUCGCUCAGUUCAUUCCGGACGCGCUCUCGGGGCCUCAGAUGUCGAUCCAUCCACCCAGCUUCGCGCGACACGAUCCAAGUCCCACGGUUGCUCAACUUCCCUGGGUCGAUCCCACCGACCCUCCAUCCCAUGGCAGCCACUUCUCCGAUGAAAUUCCAUAUUGGUUUUCCGCUUCGGAUUUACCGCACCAUGCGGCUCAAAUCUCGAGCAGCGGGUUUGGUGGUGAGGUCAACGUCUUCUCUGUUCAUCACAGUCCCAACUUGAGCCAGGUGAUGCUUGACAUCAACACGUUGAGCUACCAAAGCCCGACCCAUCCUCUCAACAGCAGCCCCGAGACGGCGGUGUACGCCGGCCUAGAUCACAGCGCACUGAAUGACGCUGUCGACAAGAAUGACCUUGACAGGGUCAGGUCCAUCUUAGCUAGCGGCGCGAAUGCAAACUGCGCCGCACGCGGCGGUGUGACAGCCCUCCACACCGCGGCUGCCGCAGGCAACGUCAAGAUAAUCAAGCUCUUGCUGAACCAUGGAGCCAGCCUAGACGCCUUGACGGACAAAAAGCAGACCAUCCUCUUCUUCGCAGUUCGCGGCCCAGAUUACUCGGGCCACAGCCACAUGCCGGCCUAUUCCCAACAAAACCAUCCCAAAAACCCCGCCCGUACCGAUGACGCCACAGUCCGCGCCAUCGAAGCGCUAUUCAACUCGCCGACCCGCUGGAUCCACCGGCGGCGCAGCCUCGAAAAGGUCGACCAGCACGGCGUGUCGCCGCUCAUGCUCGCAGCGGGCUACGGUUUCGAAAAGACGGUCACGAUGCUCCUUGAGCGAGGCGCCCGCCCGGACGCGAGAGACCAUGCCAACCACACCGCGCUCCGGUAUGCCUCGCGGAAUGGGCAUCGCGGCCUGGUUCGCCUGCUGUUGCUGGCGGAUCCGGCUGUGUCGGAUUCGGGGGAGAGGGAUCUGGCGCACCUUCUUAAGCUGGCUAGCAAGAAUUUUGCGGUGCGCGCCCGCGCCAUGGUGGAUGAUGAUCGUCGUGUAGUUGGGGGGGGGAAGGAGGAUAGGCUGGUCGGGUGUUGGUGGGAUGGCGAUAGUGAUGAGUAUGCUGCCUCGUCUGUCUCGGACCUCAUCGCUGUGGAGAUGGUGCGCUUGUGCGGGGAGAUGGGCGUGGUGGAUGGCUUGCUCCGGCUGGCGGCGCUGAGGAGGAAGAGGAGUGUUGUUGAGAUGCUAGUGGGUGCGAUGAGACGACUUGAUGUGGAGGCUUCAUAUAAGCGGAGUACCUCUUGA